UAUUAUUACUGUUAUUAUUAUUAAUUGCUUGUGAGAUAUAAAAGUAGAGCUUGUAAAUGUUUGAAUUAAAAAGGAAUUUAAUUAGUAGUAUAUUACAAACAUCAAUAUUAUUAUAUUGUACAAUCUUAUCUACAUUUGUUUAUCAGACAAUCGGUGGUUAUAUAUAUGCAAAUAACAAUUUAAUGGAUAAAUUAACAUUUACAAAACCAUGUCCAGAAGAUGAUUAUCGAUUUCAUAAUGCUACUGGAAAUUUUUUAUGUGUAGUACCAACAGCAAAAUUAUGUUUUAAAUUAUGUCAAAAAUUUGGUUGUACUGAAUGGUAUUAUAUGAGUUUUAUACCAUCAGGAAGUAAUGAAAUAAAAGAUUAUCAUCGUUGUCGAUGUUUCCCAGAAUAUCGUUUUUGUUUUUAUAAUGCUGUACCUAGACGAUAUCGUAAUUUUGAUUGA